GAGACUCUGACAGUUCACAACUGAGAGGGGACAGGAAAAAAACUCAGGAUGGCUGAAUGCAGAUGGAUUAAAAUGUCUUUAAUUGUGAUACUGCUUCUUCAGUUAACAGCAAUAACUGAACAGGGCUUCCUCUCCUUCACUGCCAGAGAUGGAGAUGAUGUCACUUUGUCUUGUGAAAAUGUGAUGGACAGUCAAGAUAACUGUGACAGUGUUACAUGGCUCUUCACUGAUUCAAGAAGCAAAGCAACAGUGGUGGUUGUUAGUGGUGGGCAGAUCAGUGAAAAUGCCAAAGCUAAAUCAGACAGACUGAGUGUUACAGCAAACUGUUCUCUGGUUAUAAAGAAAGUCACACGUGAGGAUGUUGGACGUUACACCUGCAGACAGUUUGAUGAAUCAGGAGAACAAGGUCAAGAUGCUGUGGUUGAACUGUCUGUUGUUGACAUGACUGAACAUGAGUACACUGAUGAGGUGACAUUAACCUGCUCUGUGAGGACAUAUGAACGAUGUCCACACACAGUGAAGUGGCUGUUUCAGGGUCAAGAUGCCACUCAAGACCACCAAAUUAUAAAGACCUCACAGUCUCUCUGCUCUGCCUCUGUGACCUUUCUGACUUCUCUCUACACAUCAAGAUAUAAGUUAUUUACAUGUGAAGUGACUGAUGGUGACAGAGUGCAGGUGUUUCCCUUCAGAUCUCAAUCCUCAGGUGAGAAACCAGGUGAGGACACAACAACAGCAGCAACAGCAUCAACAACAACUGAAAACAACACUACAGCAGGUGCCAAUGAUCCUUCACCAGAACCACAAGCUUGUACAACUUAUUGGUCUGCUCUGGACUACAUCAUGUUGGUGAUGCGUGUGGCUGAACUCCUCUUUAUAACUGUGAUCACUGUUCUUCUCAUCAGAGCUCCAGGGAACCAGAGACCACCUGAUGACAACACUGUGCAUCAUGACGGCACAGUAAAAUAUGAAAGCAAUGGAGACCCUUCUGUUUCUGCCAGAUUCCACUGAUCAACAACUUCUACACUGACAUCAACUCACCAGAGAAAUGAGUCCACUGCUAGACAUGUCUUCACAGCAUUAUUUUACAUCAAAACAUGAUUAAUAAUUUCAUCUGGAAUCUUAGAUGAGGUCUGGUUAAUGAGGCCAAAUAUUAAAGCCUUGAUUUUUUUAUGCCUCCAUCCCGGCAAAAGCCGUAGCCAGAGACAUUAUGUUUUCAGGUUGUAAGUCCGUCCAUCCCAUCCUCAUGAACGCAUUAUCUCAAGAAUGCCUUAAAGGGAAUUUCUUCACAUUUAGCACAACCAUCCCCUUGGACUCAACAAUGAACAAAUUAGAUUUUGGUAGUCAUAGGUCAAAGGUCAUUUUUCCAUUUUAUUCGAAUGCUGAGGAGCACCUUGAGGGAAUUCUUCAAAUUUCAAAUUUGACAUAAACGUCCACUUGGACUAAAGAAAAAACUGAUUAGAAUUUGGUGGUCAAAGGUCAUGGUCACUGUGACCUCAAUAAACAUGUUUUUGGCCAUAACACAAGAAUUCUUACACUAAUUAUGACAUAAUUUCACACAAAUGUCUAAUAGGAUAUAAUGAUGAAGUGAUGACAUUUUAUAUCCAAAAGGUCAAAGGUCAACUUCACUGUGACAUCGUAAUAUUAUGCAUAAAAACACAUUUUUGGCCGUUACUCAACAUUUCACCUGAGGAGCAGAAGGGGAGACAGUUGUUAAGAUACUGAGUUGACACUAAUGUUGGGUGCCCACCUUUAAACUGUGCUGAUUCUGUGCUGCUGGGGGGAAGAUAUGUGAAGCAUUCAGCAUUCUUUUCACAGAUAUGGAUGUAAACUGUGCAGGAAAUUUGACUGGGACAUGUUGGUAUACAUCCACAGGGUAGUAUGUCUAGUUUCUAAUUUCAAGAAGCUUGCUGUACAUUUAGGUAGGGUAACUUUCUAAGGGCAAUAUCCAUUUGAAUUUCAUGAGUAGUUUAUCAUGACCUCACUUUUAUGUGCAGGAGAACUCAUUUAAUUCACUUUGAUGUGGGUUUGCUAAUCUGCAGAGUAUGAAUGAGCUUUGGUUCUUAAUGAAGUCAGUAACUGUUAUCUUAAUUAUAACUGAUAAUACAAUCUGCUGAAAAUAGAUAGUGAACUCUUGCUUAUGUGUAUACAUGUUAUAUGUCAUGUCUAUGACAAUUAAAAGUGAAAAUUCAAAUUGACUUUGGAAAGACAAAAGUCAGUUUAUGAUCCCACCUUCUGUUAACAGUGGCAUUUUGGAAGCGUUUUGGCUUUGUUAAUUCUCUCUCUCUCUCUCCCUCUCUCUCUCUCUCUCUCUCUCUCUCUCUCUCUCUCUCUCUCUCUCUCCCUGUGUCAUAUGGAUUACUGUUAAUUUAUCAUGUUGAUCUGUUCUGUACGACAUCUAUUGCACGUCUGUCCGUCCUGGAAGAGGGAUCCCUCCUCAGUUGCUCUUCCUGAGGUUUCUACCGUUUUUUUUCCCUCGUUAAAGGGGUUUUUUUUGGGGAGUUUUUCCUUAUCCGCUGUGAGGGUCUUAAGGACAGAGGGAUGUCGUAUGCUGUAAAGCCCUGUGAGGCAAAUUGUGAUUUGUGAUAUUGGGCUUUAUAAAUAAAAUUGAUUGAUUGAUUGAUUGAUGGUUAAUGUGAUAAA